AUGGAAGAAGGAGAACGUAACAGUAGCGAGAGACUCGACAUAAUUAUAAGAGGCUUGCGUGAGCUAUCUGCAGACCUAGACCAUCUCCUGCUGCUAGGAUCUGACGUCAAGGAGCUGAGUAGAAAUCUUGACAGGUUUCUAUAG